CUCUUUUCGUAAGAGCCGGACACAAAGUACACUUCUCAAGGCCCAAACUCUCCGCAAACUUCCUACGCUUCCUCCCUUUCCCUCUCCCACGCCAAUCUCCCACUCCUAAGGGAGAGAAAAGGUCGCACCUUUCCAACCCCAAAACCCUCCCCAAUCCCUCCUCACUCUCUCUCCCUCCUUCGAUCUUGAAACCCAUCCUUAAUCCCAAGAAAUGGUCUCUCUUCCCCUUCUCCCCUUGUCUAAACCCCAUCUAAAACCCAACUAGAAAUUCCUUGUCCCCUGUCCCUGAAACCCAAAUUUUCCUUUUGUCUUGAUCUCUUUUUCUUCCCUUUCCUAAGAUUCUGUCGGUAUCUACUAGCCCUUGUUCUGGAGUGAUCUGAGACAUGGGUUUUGGUUUUCUGGAAGUCCAUUUUGAUACCAAAUUUCUCAUCUUGGUCCGAUGUCUCUACUCACUCUAGACCAAUACCUCUCCCAGUCCGUCCUCCCUUGCUUCCGGAGUCGAGAGGACGACGGCGACGAGGAGGAGCAGGGAAGAAGGAAGAGCAUGUACUUGUCUGACAAGCCUCGAUCGGUUGAUUACUACAAAGAAGACGGCCGCGGCAUGAUGAUCCAGGUCGCUGGCAAUGGCGGCCUGCCGCCGCCUCAGCAGCAGCCGCAGCAGCAGAUGAUUUUGGCCGACAGCAGCGGGGAGGACCACGAGGUGAAGGCGCCCAAGAAGCGGGCUGAGACCUGGGUCCAGGAGGAGACGCGGAGCCUUAUAAGCCUCCGGCGGGAGAUGGAUGCGCUGUUCAAUACCUCCAAGUCGAACAAGCACUUGUGGGAGCAGAUCUCGGCGAAGAUGAGGGACAAGGGAUUCGACCGGUCGCCGACCAUGUGCACGGACAAGUGGCGAAACCUGCUGAAGGAAUUCAAGAAGGCGAAGCACCAAGCGAAGGGGAGCGGGGCCGCGAAGAUGUCGUACUAUAAGGAGCUUGAUGAGAUGCUCAAGGAGAGGAGCAAGAACGCAGCUUAUAAGAGCCCCCCGGCCUCCAAGGUUGAUUCUUACCUGCAGUUUUCCGAUAAAGGUCUCGAUGAUGCUAACAUUUCAUAUGGGUCUGUGGAAGGGAAUGGUAGGUCAACACUCAAUGUGGACAGGCGUUUGGAUCAUGAGAGAAAUCCUCUUGCCAUAACAGCAGCUGAUGAAGUGGCAACUAAUGGUGUUCCCCCUUGGAGUUGGAGAGACACCCCUGCUAAUGGUGGUGAUAAUCGUACCUCAUAUGGUGGAAGGGUUAUUUCAAUCAAGUGGGGAGACUACACUAGAAAGAUAGGUAUUGAUGGCAGCACAGAGGCAAUAAAGGAUGCAAUCAAAUCAGCAUUUGGAAUAAGGACUAAAAGGGCAUUUUGGCUGGAGGAUGAAGAUGAGGUGGUUCGCAGCCUUGAUAGGGACAUGCCGCUGGGAACCUAUACUCUUCAUCUUGACGAUGGGUGAAAAUUGCAUGAAUUACGUACUGAUGGGAAAUAGUUUCUAUGGGAAACUUUUGCAACCAACUUCAAGAUUUAUCAUGAUGGGUGAACUAGCUAGGUGAACAUGGAGCAUUAUUGAUCCACCAAAAAAGAAAAAGAAAAAUCAGGUCUUGAUAUCUAAACCAUGCCAAUCUACAAAACCUCCUGAAAUGGCCUUUACAGGCUUUGAAUUCUAAUUGUUAUAUUACUAACGCUUGAAACAUGCAAAUGCAUAUAAUGUUUUGAUUAGUUUGUCCAUGGUGGAAAUUAUGUACCCAAACCUAUUAGAUUUCUCUAUUGUUGGUCAUUACUAAAUGAGGGUUUAUUGUUAUUGUUGAUCAAAUGCAGGCCACAUGAAUAUCAAUUUUAGGCAGGCUUUAAGAGAGAGAAAAAAGAUAUCAAAAAAGUGAGUGCAUUUAGACACUGAAACAAAUACUGAGGAGAAAAUUUGUAGAAGAGUGUACCCUGACCCCUUGACAGUCAUGGGAUUGGAAAGUAAAGGGUUAUGUUGAAAUCUGCACUGAAUAAUAAUGUAAAUUUAUCAUAUGGACUAGGAAAAUAAGCAAACUGGUUUUUGGAAAAAAUAAAAACAAAGCAGCAUUCUAAGGAUACUGACAUGAAAAUCGGAUUCUGGCACAUAGAUAGGCAUUUGACUUAGCCAGAAGAAAAAGAAAAGAAGAUACAGGUACAUGUAGGAAAGUAAAUAAAUUAUAUGUUUAUUUUUAAGAUAUCAUAUAAAAGAAAGCUUUAGAAGAUAUUAUUUUUUAAGAUCAUUAGUAUAUAUAUUUCUUAUCCAAAAUUUCCUGCAGUCAAGGGUAUGAAAAAACUAACAUUUCACAAAGUUAUUUUCAUUUCUUCAUUCGUGGUCAAUCUCUUAAAGAACAAAAGUUUACCUCUAGCAUCAUUAUGGUGGGUCAAAUUCAUUGUUGGAAAACCCCCUGCUCUAACCAUCAUUAAAGCUGAAAUCAGUGAAUUUGAUAAGUUUAUUAGUUAUGAGGUGUUCUUGAUUCCAAUACAUAUCCGACAAAAUCGUCAAGCUGAAUGUGAGUGUCCAUGCAACACAAGUAAAUGCAUUUUCUUCUAAUAAAGUUUAAAUAAAUAAAAGAGAUCAUCUCCUUUUAGUCACACCUAUGACAUGUAGGUCAAACUAGAAAUUAUUAUUUAUGGAUAUAAUUACAUUACAUAUAUUAAUAUUUUCUACGAACAUGCACACAAGCAGGUGCAUUAUAUUAUCAGAUAGCAGGUCAUACCAUCUCUUCCUCUCCUUGCUAAAGUUGGUAAGUUUUAUAAGAAAAAAGGCACCUACCUUAUUGAAGUAUAUGACUGCAGUCAUUUUUGGUACUCCCAUAAGUAGUAAAUAAUAUAUAUUAUUUAAAUACAUUAACAUAAAGGACACCAUUUCCUUGAGAAAAGAAUAGUCAUUUUGUCAAACAUGGAAAACUAUGGAUACUUAUUAUUUUCUGAAACUAAUCACUCCAUAUAUUCUCUUCAUUAUUUUCAAGAUCAUGAUAUUUAAAUUGCUUUCAUAUAUUCCCCUAUUUUUUAUUUUAUAUCGAUAAGUUUUUAUGUAUAUUUUUUGUUCUGAGAAGCUUUGCACAAGCCUAUAUGCUCGUGAUAUGUGCCCGUAUGUGUGUGCAUGCAUAUAUACACGGAAUCUCUAAUGUUCCAAAAACACAGUUAUUUGUCAUGACAUGGACCUGAGUGCAUGGCAGGUCAUGAAGUUCGUCCAUGAUAUUCAAUAGCUUGGGCAGUCCUAAACUUUUAUCAAAAGGAGUCAUUUGUUGUAUUACUACAAAAUUGUUCAUUUAAAUAUCACUUGAAAAAUGAGUAAUACACCUCAGAAAGUCUGAAUUUUAUUUUCUAGACAUUUAAGUUGGUAACACAAGCAAGCAAUUUGUAAGCAUAUUUUGUUGGCUCGAGAUCGGCUUAGUAGAAGUUCACUCAAAUAGUAAAGGAUUUGAGCUUGAUACUUACAUUUGUUGUGUUUGAUUAAUCAAGGUCAAAAUUCUAUGAAUAAAAAAACAAAAUAUAUAAUUUACUAUCUAUUUUAUUUAACAAAUAAUAUAUAAAGAAGAAUGUAUUUAAGCUGUUAGUGUGACAUAUAAUGGUGGAAUUAGCUCAAAGCAUGUGUAUGUAUGUAUGUAUGUAUGUACAUGUAAAGCCUAAGCGGGCCUUAGGUUCUCACAAAUCACUUAAAUAAGCUGUUCAACUCGAUUUUGGCUUGACCUGCACCGAGCUGAAGCUUGGAUUGCAAGCUGAGCUUAAGCAUGAUCUGCUUACUCAAUCUCAGCUCAUUUAUGCCUUUCUAGGUAUUUGAGCUAUUAUAGAUCAUGAUGAAUGGUGUGGAUCAUCGAUUUGGACAUCCCAUCGUGCAUGUUGGCUAGAGGGCGUACCUGAGUUAAUUAUGCUUUUUGGGCUUAAAAGCUUUUAGGAGUGUUUGCACAUGAUAUUGUGAGAGUUACAUUAAUAUCACAAGAUAUUUACUUACCCAGCACUGAAUUUCCUUCAUUUCCUUCCACUUCUCUAGAUGUCCUCUCUCCUUGGUCCUUCCUCAUUCUCCUCCCAUAGUACUCCUCUCCAUUUAUUACCCUACACCAAAGCCCAAACCUUAUCAAUGCAAUUUAGCAGGUAGGUCAUCCAUAUGGAGAAUCUAAAAUGUUGAUCAUGAUCUGAACAUUUAAUGCCUAAAAAGACGAUAAGCAUUUGUUUUGGAGGUAUCUUGUUGAAUAAUAGCAUGGUCAUAACAUUGAUGGCGACAACUUAGAAUUUGUUUUUUAAAUUGCAUUGUUGAUCCUGUAAUCCAAGAAUUCAAUAUCUUUGAUCUUGAUCUCCUAAAGUAAAAAUGGAAGCAAAUAGUCAUAUCUAGCCCUUUAAGAAGUUCCUUUUAUAGCUUUGUGGCUUCCAGAUAUAUGUAAGAAAUCUACAAAUCAUUGGAUUUUUGAUUUCAGAGUAUCUUAUCUGUUAUAGAUCAUGAUCAAUUGUAUGGAUGGAUUCUCAAUGUGAAUGGCACAUCAUGUGGCUUGAACUAAUGAGAUGCACACUCAAUUCCUGCUGCUAGAAAUAAUCUAGGGCAGCUCUUUUUACAAACAUAAUCAGAUCUGUCAGUUUUUUAUUCGAGUUCAUCUACAUCUACAAUGAUUAGCAUGAAAUAUAGAAAUUUGAUUGAGAACCCACUUUAAAUCUUGCACCUGCUACUAGUCCCUUCCCUCCGUCCUCCCUUUGUUGAUGUAACUGCUAAUCAUCUUCACUCCAUAUUCAUUGUGUACCCUACUUAAACUGUACGAGUGACAAGCUGUAUUAACCUUAUCACUUAAUCUCUUGUUAAUCACUGACCAGUACUCAAUUCAUCUACUCUAUUCCCACCUUCUCUCAGCCACACUAUUCUUGGGUUAGUGCUGAGCUUGUGAUUGACUUCCUCUUAGCUAUUUCCAUCUACUGCUAGCUUUUAUUUAUUCUCAUCGCUUACUUCAUGCCUUUGUCCCUUGUACCUAAAUUUGAUUGCUUACAGUGGAAGAAAGUGGUGAAGUGAUCAGUGAAGUGAUUAGAUGGCUGAGUAUCAUGGUUGAUAAAGGUGGUGGGGGAGGACUGAGGGGCAGACUUCCAAGGAUUACGAUGAAGAUGUUAAGGACUUCCACACUCAGGUAAUAAAUAGAUGUGGGCAGAUUUGGAGGGGACAUGAAUGGAAGGGCAAGAUGAUGAAAGUUGCAUGGCAGAGGGUUUGAACUCAAAUCAUCUAGUUCGACGAACAUACUCAUAGUUCCACCUGUUCAACAGAUGACAUGAGGGUAUUAUUGCUGCUUACCAAUUUGUUUCUACUUCUGUUUUAAGUAACCAGCUGCGUGGAACAAGCAAAACAUACACACGUGUGGGCGGGCGCGUUUGUGUUCAUGGGCAUGUGCAUGCAUGCACGUAUGCUUGCAUUUAUAAUUCUAUACAAUCAAAGGUGUUAGCUGCAGUGGUAUUAUGAAUGUGUAGGGGCACCCUGGUUUUCUUACCAAUGCAUUAAAUGCCACAAAUGCAAUGCAUUUAUCUCUGCAAGGUCAAUUGAGAAAUGGCAAUGCGCCCUCAUCUAUUCAAAUUCAUGUCAGUACAAUAGUGUCAAAAUGGUUAUUUUUGGGCAGUAUCUUUACUCAUGUAUCCUGCAGUCAUGAUCACCUGGAGAUGCUUGCAUCUUAUUAAUGCAGAGCUGUCAGUCAGCUGCACGUUCUCAAACUUGCUUUUGGCUAUUUAAUGCAAUGGCAAAGGUACAUUUGUCCAAAUUAUGGGGAUGAUUGCAUGUGAAAGUUUCAAUACGGAGCAUUUUGUCUGGAUGACUUUGUAAACUCUUCUAUGUUUUUUACAUCUAUGUUUUUUACAUGGUCUUUUGAAAAAUUACUGUUUCUCCGAUUAAUUUCUUCAUAUUCAAAUUUUUGGAACGACAAUUUAUCUUGUUUCAACAUAAAUUGGUAGUUUUCUGAUGUUUAUAUCCUGUUUUUUCUGAUUG